GCUAAAGUUUCCAAGUACUAUCAAGUAUAUAUGAAUUAAAUGCUAGGACGACAGCCACAUUACCAAAUUUAAUUGCCUUGUUGCGUGGAAACUUGCUACCACCGGAACCCAUAUCGAAUGGAGUCUCAGUAUGUUGUUUCCAUUAACGAGAUCGAGAAGUUUGUCAAAAUAGAAGCCGGAGAAGGAAGCAACAGCCACGACGGGCCUGCCACUAUCAGGGAGGAAAGGAUUAAAAUGUUAAUGGAGGCAGAAGCAGAAAUCAACAACAGGGAGGAAAGGAUUAAAAUGUUAAUGGAGGCAGAAGCCCAAAUGAAAGCGGUGGAAAAGGCGAAAAUACAAAAUGUUAUAUUCUUGCUACGAGAUCAUAAGAAUUUCGUUAAGUACUUUGAGCCAAGAGUGGCAUCACUCGGUCCUAUCCAUCAUGGCAACUCAAAGUACCAGCUAGGAGAGAAGUACAAGCUUCUAUUGGCGUCUAAGUUCAUCCGAUAUUGCAGUGGCAACAAUAAAAUCAAUUUAUACGAUCCUAUAAAUUGUUUAUAUGAGAAGAUUAAGAAGGAAAUCAAGGAUUUGAGGGAAUGCUUCGAGGAGAAGGUGACAACAAAGUAUGAUGAUGAGUCCCUCGCCUGGAUUUUGUUCGUGGACGGUUGCGCAAUACUACAAUACAUAUUUUGUGCUGCAAAUGACAAGUUCAAAGAGUUUAAUAUAAAAAACGACAGCGUAGCCUUUGCUCAACAGGAUUUAUUCUUGCUGGAGAACCAAGUUCCCUAUUGUCUCCUCAAAUUAUUGAUGAGCUCGAGCGGGAAGGAAGACGAGUUGAGAAAAUCGAUUGAAGGUUUCAUUCGAAACGUUACUUACCAAAAAACGAAGCCCCAACAAAACGUUAAAAAAGGAGAAAGCUCUCAUGAUUUGCAGCCAAAACCAAUAGAAACAGAGCCCACUCAUCUUCUCGACCUUCUGAGAACAAAACUCUUGGAUCCUCCACAAUCCUCUGGAAAGACACGUAGAUGUUCAUGGACAAGACUCUUGGGUGAUUGCCGCAAAUUCUUUGGAAAGAUGUGUAGAGAGAAACAAGAAGAGGACCCAGAUUGGCGAUCGUAUCGCAACGUGCAGGAGCUUAAAGCAGCAGGAAUCCAGCUGAAACGUAGCAAAAAUAGUUACUUGAGAAACGUAAGUUUCAGUAGACGAUUCGGUUUCUACCCCGGAUUCCUUUGGCUUCCUCCAAUUACAGUGGAUGACUCAACGGGCUCCAAGUUCAUGAACUUGAUAGCUUACGAAAUGUGUCUGGAUUUUAAAAACGACUUUGGCAUCAUCUCUUAUAUAUCCUUCCUGUUGGAUUCACUCAUCGAUGAACCCAACGACGUCAAAUAUAUGAGGAAGGCACGCGUACUCCAUCACUUCCUUGGCAGCGAUCAACAAGUGGUUGAGCUCUUCCAUGAGAUAGGCACCAACUUGGUGCCUAACCCCGAAUCGUACAAGGAUGUCAACUUCCAGAUUCAGGACUACUACAAAAACCAUAUGAUGAUCUGGACGGCUGAAGUCUUUAACAAAAGUUUUAGCAACCCCAUGAGUAUCGUGACUUUCCUGGGCACAGUAGUAUUUGCACUUGCUCUAACUUCCAUUCAGACUUGGUACGCAGUCUUCCCUUCCCCUGGCCCCUGCGAUGACGUCUGCAAGCUGAAAUUAGAAUGAAACUUAACACGAGAGAAUUUGUUUGCUGUUCAUUCCAAGGGCAUCUACCA